AAAUAGAAAGGACAAAGUGGGGGCUCCUAAUUUAAGCCGGAGACAGUGGGCAUUGAAUUCAGCUUAGGUAGGGAGAGUAGUUGCCGCGUUUCCUGAUUUUCCAACUCCAAAGAAAAUGCUUUUUACUACUUUACUCCCUACAUACAUCGAUCUCCAUUCCCACAGGAGCUAGUAUGAGUGAAGUGUGAGAGAGAGAGGGAAUGGGAAUAUGUGGGUCUAAACAGAAGGGAAUCAAGGGAUGCAUACGAAAACGAACAAGGAGGAGAGUGAAGAAGAGGAAAAUUUCAUCUCAAGUGCUUGACUUGGUCGAUCAAUCCUACCCACUCGAUCCAACUUGUUUUUCCAAUUCUCCAUUCCAAGAAAAUGCAGAGUCAUGGUUCGACGCUUCAACUACAAUUGACUCCGAUGCUGAUGAUGAUUUCCACAGUAUUCAAGAUGCAUUUACAGAUGUCAUAUCUCAACACGACUUUGACUCCGUAUCACUUGUAAAUUCCGAAAGUACAUUGGGAGGAGAGGCUGCUAAGAACGAAGAAAACCUUGAUCUGCGUCCAAAAGAUGGUGAUCUUCAAUGGAGAUGCAAUGAUCCCCAAGAUGUUGUGAAGAACCCUGAUCCUCAAUUGAAAUGUAAUGAUCCCCGAGAUGACGUGAACCACCACAUCAAGUUUGAUGAAAUUCAGCGCAUAGACGAAAGUGAUGAAGAUGAGCAAACGGGGGGUUUUCACAAUUGCGGACUCCUUCCGCAUACUUGUUUAUCUUGUCUUACUUGUGUUGCUCCUUCAGAUGAAAAAAGAAGACCCUUAAGCCCCAGCACCCCGAGCAUGAGGAAAAAGGCGGCUCUAAAAUUCGCCUUUAGAUGGAAGGAUGACCAAGCUAUUCCUACACUAUUGUCACCGAGGGCACUUCUGAAAAGACCGACUGCAGGUUCCCAAGUUCCUUACUGUCCGCUAGAGAAGAUAAUGUCUGAUUGUUGGUCUCCGAUUGAACCAAGUACUUUUAAAGUACGUGGACAGAACUAUCUUAGGGAUAAAAAGAAAGUAUGUGCUCCAAACCAUCUUGCAUUUUAUCCUUUUGGUGUUGAUGUAUUCUUAUCUCCACGCAAAAUUGAUCAUAUUGCUCGAUUUGUGGAACUUCCCACCAUAAAUUCCUCUGGAGAAGUCCCAGCUAUCCUUGUGGUUAAUCUUCAGAUACCCUUGUAUCCUGCUUCAAUCUUCCAAAAUGAACAUGAUGGAGAAGGAAUGAGUUACGUUUUGUACUUCAAGCUGUCUGGAAAUUAUUCGAAAGAUCUUCCACUUCAUUUUCAAGAAAAUAUCCGGAAGUUCAUUGAUGAUGAAGUUGAAAGGAUUAGAGGUUUUCCUUUGGAUACAGUUGCACCCUUCAGGGAAAGACUGAAAAUCUUGGGUCGAGUGGUAAACCUAGAGGAUCUUCAUUUGAGCGCUCCUGAGAGGAAGCUUAUGAAUGCUUACAAUCAGAAGCCUGUUCUUUCGCGUCCUCAACAUGAAUUUUACUUGGGAGAAAGCUACUUCGAGAUUGAUUUGGAUAUGCACAGGUUCAGCUAUAUCCCUAGAAAGGGUUUUGAAGCAUUUCAGGACAGAUUGAAGCUCUGCAUUUUGGAUUUUGGUCUUACUAUACAGGGAAACAAGGCAGAAGAUUUGCCAGAGCAUUUGCUAUGUUGUGUAAGACUGAAGGAAAUUGACUUCACUAAUUACCAGCAACUUGGGUUUUGAGUCAAGGACCUCUAUACAAGAAUUGCAGGUUUUUGAGCAAUCGGGACUCAUCAGUUGCGCCAUCUAAACCAGAAGGCAUGUAGAGGAUGAGAACUAGUCAACCGUCAUUCUUCUUACUAAAAUGUUGGUGCUUAUUGCACCUGUUCUUUUUGGUCUUUAAUUAUUGGACAGUUUCCACACCGAGGAAUUGGUCGAGCAGGACCAUGAAGCUUGCAUCCCCAAGCUCGUGGAUUCAGCUCCCACUGCCAGCAAAAAUUAUUAGACUCACUGAACAUUUGUUUUAACUUAAGGGUUGCGGGAUUAGUUGAGGUGCGCAUAAGCUAGCUCAGACACCCGGUUAUCAAUACAAAAAUAUCAUUGGAUCUAUCGAAUAUCUCUAUUCUGUGCACGGAGAUGCUUGCACGAUUGUACAGUUCUAAACCAAGAUGAUAUACAUCACUUUAAAAAAAAAAAAAAACGUAAUUUUCUUGAAUGUUUUCACAUUCACACAAAAUGA